AUGUGCCAAUUCAUUGCUGUGCUAAUCUUUUCAUAUUUGGUUGUGCGCUCAAUUUUGCAUCUGCUGAAUAAGUACAGUAGACCAAUUAUAUUGGUAUUUAAUGAGCUACUCAUCUCCAUUUCAGCCAAAGUUCUGUCGGCAUUAGGUCUGAACCUAAGUAACAAAGCAGAGACAUACAGUGAUCCCACAUUGAGGCCUGUGUUCAUGUUAAACAACUACAACUACAUCCUAAAGUCUAUACAGAGAUCUGGGUUACUAGACCUUAUCCACACGUGGAAUAAGGAGGUGGGGCAGUAUUACGAGGACAAGAUACAGGAAGAAAAGAAACAUUAUUCCCAGAGUUGGAGUCGAGUGAUGCAUUACAUACUGGAGGUCAAUGAGCCCAUGUCUAUGCAGAGAACACAGGCUUUGGAAACAGCAAAGUUAAAGGACAAGGAAAAACAGAACAUUAAAGAUAAGUUUACCGGGUUCAACAAAGAGCUGGACGAGAUCUUGCGAAUGCAGAAAGGUUAUGCCAUACCAGACCAAGAGUUGAGAGAGAUGCUGAAAAAAGAAAACCGAGAUUUUAUUGUGCCAUCUUAUACAGUGUUCUUACAGAAGUAUGAGAAACUGAAUUUCACCAAAAACAGGGAUAAAUAUAUCAAAUAUUCCAUUCAAGAUGUUGAAGGAACCAUUGGAAAGUUUUUUGACACAUCUGCCUAGACACACAAUAAGGAAAUAAACACAUUCCAUUAUAGGAUAUCUGCUGCAGUAUUUGUGCAAUCAACAGUAUAGAAUAGUUCAAGAAAAAAAUCUCCCCUAACACAGACAUCUGAAAAAGUCAAAUAGUCUUUGUACAUUCAAGACAAGAGUUUUUAGACACAUGAUUUUCUUUGUGGUCCAAGUAUGCUUCAACAUGAUAAAGAUUGUGCCAUUGGGAAGUUUUCAACAUCAGUGAAGAGACAGAAUCUUUUAUAUCAACUUUUCAGAAUCGGUGAGAAUACGUAAUUCUGUCAUGUCAAAUGCUAUUGUGUGCCCUAAAUUUAUCAUUAUCAUUGCGAGUAGUGCUACUCAGAUUUGAUGUAAUUCUUGAUCUAGUCGUUCAAAGUUGUCAUUUAGUGACAAGAAUUGAGCAUCAGUGAAACUAAAAAUAGAUCAAAUUAUGUCUACAAAUUAUAUACACGUACAUGUAGUUCAAUUAUUAUGGGAAAAGAAAACAAGUCAAACCUUUUGAGUUUACUGUAAUAUUUAAAUUGCCUUUAAAUGGCUUGUUUCACCUUAUUCAUCAUUUGAGACUCUGUACUAUCUAUCUAGUGUGCACAUUGUAGAACAUGUUUCUCAGUUCUCUGAGGUGACUCCUAUCAGUGUAGCGGUUUGACUACAUACCAGUACAGAUCAACAUGUUUUUAACACCAAGAUCAUAUCUCCUGAUUUAACUGCUACAUGUAGUGUAAAAUUGUUAUUAUGUUGCUGUGAGGAUAGGUAUCAACUUCGCUAGCCUAAGGGUUUAUUGUACCAAUUCAUAAUUUACCAAACUUAUGCUAUCUACGUAGGGAAUUGUGCAAUAUUUUAUAUGUAAUGUUUAAGCUUCAAUAAAUUAAGUACCUGUAUACAG